GUAUCGUUUAACUCGAUGCCAACAACAAAUCAUUUUCACAACAAGUAAUUGAACGAAGUCUUUUAAUAAUAAUAAUAAUAAUAAUUAAUAUAUUUAAUAUUAUUCACAAUUAUUAUGGAUUGUGAUAGCAUUCAAAUGGCUAUAUCGGACGAAAACAACAUGACUGAACGCAAAGAAGGUGGAAGGAGGGGCCGGAAGCCUGGCAGAAAAACAUCUUCUGAGAAGGUUGAUAUAAAAGCAAAGCUUGAACGGAGCAGGCAAAGCGCCAGGGAAUGUCGGGCAAGGAAGAAACUUCGAUAUCAGUAUCUUGAAGAGCUUGUGACAGAUCGUGAAAAGGCAGUUAUUGCAUUGCGUACUGAGCUGGAGCGACUAAUACAAUGGGAUAGAAGUUUGACAGAAAAUACCAGUCCAAAUGAUGUUGAUCAGCUGCUGAAAGAAAUUGGAAUCCUUAAACAGGAACAGCACACUUAAACUUAUAGUACAAAAUAAAUUAUAUGCAGAAACUAUUUUCUACUAAAUAAUACCUAUAAAUCGAUAUAUUUUCUUAUAUA